AUGUACGCAUGUGGACCUGCUAUUCAUAUAGAGGGUGACGAUCUGUUACCUGUUAACUUCUCUGUGAGUGAAGACUGGCAUCUGAAGGGAUUAAUUACAGAUGAUAGAAAAUUCUAUGGUAUAAAUGCCUGUGCAUGGAGUUUCCCAAUAUUCUGCUCAUAUUUUCAGAUUACAACUGAUGGGAAACCCAAAAUAAUUGAUAUAAUUGAUACAACAGGCAGUGGUGAUGUAACUACAUGUACUGUAGUAGAACCUAAAGAUGGAGAAAUUAUCGGUCUUUCUGGAAGAACUUUAAAGAUUCCAGCAAACUGGGUAAAUCCUUCAGGCAAAUAUCACAUUGGCAUAAAAAACGGCUAUGACAUUUAUCCUAAAGCUCUUAAGGAGAGGAUUCAGAAAGAACGCAAGGAAAAGCUCUGGGAUCCCGUUCACAGGCUGGCUCUAGCAGAGGCCUGUAGGAAACAAGAGGAAUUUGAUGCUGUUCACAGCUCUCCCUCCCAAGUAAAUAAACUAAUAAAGGAGGAACUUCAAAAUCAAGUGGAACUGUUGAAUUCUUUUGAGAAAAAAUAUAGUGACCCUGGUCCUGUAUAUGAUUGUCUAGUAUGGAAUGAUGGUGAGACCUGGAGAGCCUGCAUAGAUACAAGUGAAAGUGGUGACUUGACUAACUGUACAGUGUUGAGAACCUACAAAGAGGCUCAGGAAUAUGGAUCUUUUGGCACAUCUGAGAUGCUGAAUUAUUCUGUUAACAUAUAUGAUGAUGGGAACCUUCUUUCCAUUGUGACAAGUGGAGGAGCACAUGGAACACAUGUGGCUAGUAUAGCAGCCGGAUACUUUCCGGAGGAACCUGAAAGAAAUGGUGUGGCUCCUGGAGCUCAAAUUCUAGCAAUCAAGAUUGGUGAUACAAGACUAAGUACAAUGGAAACUGGCACUGGUCUAAUAAGAGCUAUGAUAGAAGCAAUAAAAUAUAAAUGUGAUCUUGUCAACUAUAGCUAUGGAGAAGCAACACAUUGGCCAAAUUCUGGGCGAAUUUGUGAACUAAUUAGUGAAGCUGUGUGGAAACACAAUGUAAUCUAUGUUUCAAGUGCAGGCAAUAAUGGCCCUUGCCUUUCUACAGUAGGAUGUCCUGGUGGUACUACAUCUAGUGUAAUAGGUGUUGGAGCCUAUGUAUCACCCGAUAUGAUGAUUGCUGAAUAUUCUUUGAGAGAAAAACUGCCAGCAAAUCAAUAUACUUGGUCAUCUAGAGGGCCCAGCACUGAUGGAGCCCUUGGAGUAAGUAUCAGUGCUCCGGGAGGUGCUAUUGCUUCUGUUCCAAACUGGACUCUGCGAGGAACGCAGCUCAUGAAUGGCACGUCCAUGUCUUCGCCUAAUGCCUGCGGAGGCAUUGCAUUAGUACUGUCAGGACUCAAAGCUAAUGAUAUUCAUUAUACUGUUCACUCUGUCAGAAGAGCAUUAGAAAAUACUGCAGUGAAAGCUGAAAAUAUAGAAGUGUUUGCACAAGGACAUGGUAUUAUUCAGGUUGAUAAAGCCUAUGACUACCUCAUUCAGAAUUCAUCAUUCACAAGUAACAUAGGCUUUACUGUUACUGUUGGAAGCAACCGUGGAAUCUACCUCAGAGAUCCUGCACAGAUAACAGCACCUUCUGAUCAUGGGGUUGGCAUAGAACCUGUCUUUCCUGAAAAUACAGAAAACACUGAAAGAAUAUCUCUCCAGCUGCAUUUAGCUUUAACUUCAAAUGCACCGUGGGUACAGUGCCCUAGUCAUUUAGAACUUAUGAACCAGUGUCGACAUAUAAACAUUCGUGUAGAUCCACGUGGCUUGAGAGAAGGACUGCAUUAUACGGAGGUGUGUGGAUAUGAUAUAGCAAUGCCUAAUGCAGGCCCUCUCUUCAGAGUUCCAAUAACUGUUGUUAUACCAACAAGAGUAGAUGAAUCGUCUUGCUAUGACCUUGCAUAUAAGGAUGUUCAUUUUAAACCUGGUCAAAUCCGAAGGCACUUCAUUGAUGUCCCACAGGGAGCUACGUGGGCUGAAGUGACAGUAUGUUCAUGUUCAUCUGACGUGACUGCCAAGUUUGUUCUUCAUGCUGUUCAGCUAGUGAAACAAAAAGCAUAUAGAAGUCAUGAGUUCUAUAAAUUUUCAUCGUUACCAGAAAAAGGAUCAGUAACUGAAGCAUUUCCUGUCUUAGCUGGAAAAACGAUUGAAUUUUGUGUUGCUCGGUGGUGGGCAAGUCUUAGCGAAGUUAGUAUCAAUUACACAAUUUCUUUCCAUGGCGUACUUUGUGCGACUCCUCAGCUGAACAUGCACGCUUCAGAAGGCAUCGUGCGGUUUGAUGUUCAGUCCCUUUUGAAGUAUGAAGACAUUGCUCCAUGCAUAAAUCUGAAAAGCUGGGUUCAAACACUCAGACCAGUGAGUGCAAAAAUAAAACCUUUGGGAUCCAGAGAUAUUUUACCAAAUAAUCGUCAACUGUAUGAGAUGAUUUUGACCUAUAACUUCCAUCAGCCUAAGAGUGGAGAAGUAACUCCAAGCUGUCCCCUUCUGUGUGAAUUGCUAUAUGAAUCUGAAUUUGAUAGUCAACUGUGGAUUAUUUUUGACCAGAACAAAAGACAAAUGGGGUCAGGAGAUGCUUAUCCACACCAGUAUUCUGUGAAACUGGAAAAAGGAGAUUAUACUAUUCGGUUACAAAUUCGUCAUGAACAGAACAGUGAGCUGGAUCGCAUCAAAGACCUUCCAUUUAUUGUUUCUCACAGGUUGUCUAAUACCUUGAGCUUAGAUAUUUAUGAAAACCAUAGCCUUGCUCUCUUAGGGAAGAAGAAAUCCAACAGUUUGACACUACCACCAAAACACAGUCAGCCAUUCUUUGUUACAUCUCUGCCUGAUGACAAAAUACCUAAAGGAGCAGGACCAGGAUGCUAUCUUGCAGGAGCUCUUACACUGUCUAAAACAGAACUUGGAAAGAAAGCUGGGCAGUCUGCAGCAAAGCGACAAGGAAAAUUUAAAAAGGACGUUCUUACUGUUCACUAUCAUCUGAUACCAUCACCAUCAAAGAGUAAAAAUGGCAGCAAAGAGAAAGAAAGAGAACUGGAAAAAGAAAAGGAUGUAAAAGAAGAGUUUGCUGAAGCUUUGAGAGACCUAAAGAUACAAUGGAUGACCAAGCUGGAUACCAGUGAUGUGUACAAUGAGUUGAAAGAAGCGUUUCCUAAUCAUCUUCCACUGUAUGUUGCAAGACUUCAUCAGCUGGAUUCUGAAAAGGAACGAAUGAAAAGACUUGAUGAAAUUGUUGAAGCUGCAAACACUGUAAUAUCUCAUAUUGAUCAGACAGCGUUAGCCGUUUAUUUUGCUAUGAAGACUGAUCCCAGGCCUGAUGCAACUACUAUAAAAAAUGAAAUGGAAAAACAGAAGACCACUUUAGUGGAUGCUCUUUGUAGAAAAGGAAGCGCACUGGCUGACCAACUUCUUCAUCUGCAGGCCCAAGAUGGGGCUGCUUCCAGUGAUGCAGAAGGAAAAGAUGAGGAUCAUGAGAACUGCUCAGAGGCUUUGACAGAGACGUUCUGGGAAACAACAAAAUGGACCGAUCUUUUUGACAGCAAGGUUUUGACUUUUGCCUAUAAGCAUGCAUUGGCAAAUAAAAUGUACGGGAGAGGUCUCAAGUUUGCAACCAAACUUGCAGAAGAGAAGCCAACAAAGGACAACUUGAAAAACUGCAUUCAGCUAAUGAAGUUACUUGGAUGGACUCAUUGUGCAACUUUCACUGAAAAUUGGCUUCCUGUCAUGUAUCCACCUGAUUAUUGUGUAUUCUAGAAAACCAACAAUUGUGAACUUUAAAGUGAUUUUUAUAUGGGCAGGAUAUGAAAAGAUAAGUUUGACUUUUUAUUGGAACGCAUGUUUUCAUUACUGAAUGCUGAUUAUUAAAUUGUGUGUAUUUAUCAGUAAAGGCAUCGGAGUACAGCUUAAUACCUGUUAACCUAACUCCUGACAUCAGGGAGUUUCCUUAAGGUGCAUCCCAUUGCUGGCAAUGGAUGUGCCAGAACUGCCAACACCAAGGAUUGGAAUUAGGCUGAGAAGGCUUAUUGCAUGCAAGUUAGGUUCUUAAAUGUUAAUUUUAACUGUAAACCUGUAAAAGCUUUGUAUUUUUUACAGUAAACAAUUUUAACAUGUUUAAUCGUAAUUUCACUUUCAAUUGUAUGAAGGCCUUAAAGCUACAUCAAGCGUAGCUAAAAUCUUAUUUAUUAGACUGUAGUAAUGGGACAUCAUUACCUGCAUUGUUUGCAAGAGUUUACAUUUUUUUUUUUUUU